CGGCGGCGGCGCUUCCCGAGCCGGGCCCGGGCCGUGGCGAGCCGAGCCGUGCCGUGCCGGGCCCGUUCGGUUCCCCCGCCGCCCACCUGGCGCCAGGUGCCCGCCCGCCAUCUUCUGGCGGCCCCGCGGGGGGCGCCGGUGGGGGGGGGGGGCUGGCGCCUGGCCCCCGCUCCGCGCUGAGAGGCCCCGGCGCCUGGCCAUGGCCGGGGAAGCCGCCGCGCAGCGUUUCGACGAGGAUGAUUUCUACUGUCCCGUGUGCCAGGAGGUGUUCAAAACGCCCGUGAGGACCGCGAACUGCCAGCAUGUAUUUUGCAGGAAGUGCUUCUUGACAGCUAUCAGAGAAAGUGGAACACAUUGUCCUCUCUGCCGGGGGAGUGUGACUAAAAAAGAAAGAUCUUAUCCCAAAAGGGCUCUAGAUGUUGAAAACAAUAUGAAGAAAGCUUCUGGGGGCUGUAGAUGCUGUGAGAAGCAGGUUAGAUUUUCAUGGAUGAGACAGCAUUAUAAAACGUGUAAGAAGUAUCAGGAUGAAUAUGGUGUUUCUUCUAUUAUUCCAAACUUACAGAUUUCCCAAGAUUCAACAGGGAACAGCAGGAAUGAUACAAGAUCUGAUAAUGGAGGGAUGGCUAAUAAUCAAAUACUUCAAGGAGAUACAAGUGGACAUCCAACUUUCAAAUGCCCCCUGUGUCAAGAAGCCAAUUUUACCAGACAGCGCUUGUUGGAUCACUGUAAUAAUAGACAUCUUUAUCAGAUAGUUCCUGUAAUCUGCCCUAUUUGUGUAUCUCUUCCUUGGGCAGAUUCUAACCAGGUUACCAGAAAUCUUGUUAGCCAUCUAAAUCUGAGACACCAGUUUGACUAUGGAGAAUUUGUGAAUCUUCAGCUUGAUGAAGAAGCCCAAUACCAAAACGCAGUUCAAGAAUCCUGUCAUGUGAACUUUUAAAGUAUAGGCUCCCUUCAUCUUACUGGCUAUCUGAGAGAAAAAAAUGUAUUAAUUGUGUUGGUAAUCUGGAGCGUAUAUUAAUAAAAAUGGAAUCCAGUAACUAGUUUUCAGGCUUAAUUUUUUCCACGCCGAUAAGGACUUUUCAUAAGUGAUUUUACUAAAACUCAAACUAGAUAUUUUUACUGAGAUCUGUCCUGGUGGAAUUAGGGACCUUUUUGGAACAUCUCACAGUUGUCUUGAUUGUCUUUAACUUUUACUACUCUGUUAAUUACAAAGUUUCUUAUGUUAAUGACAGAUAUUUUAACUGACCAGUAACAAUUUGAAAACAGCAUGUUGGAAAGCGAUGCAAAGAUGCUCUGUUGCACUGUUGAUUUUUUUUUUUAAGUUCAUUUUUCAUCUACUAAGAUAGCUGUGAGAUAAUCAUUUUUUCUUCUUCCUGCCCAAGGACAAAGUUUUGUUUGAUGUUGUGAUUUGUUUUUUACCAUUGCUGUGUAAAUGAAAAUAAUGCCAAUGUAAGAAAUCAGAAUACUUGUUUUGUAUAGAUCAGCAAUGCAGAGGAGGUUUCUUUCACUUUCGCUGAGAAAGAAUGAUGCCAUUGCCUGGGAAUAAUUACAUCUAUGUUUUCCCUCUUUGAGCAUAACUGAAGUAGGACACUUGCUUAGUAAACUGGAUGAAGAGUUUUCCCUGUACUCCCAACUGUUAAUGAAGACAGUGCUCCUGAUAUAUUUUCUGAGCAAUCCAAGAUGGCAUGCAAAAGGUAUGCUUUCUUAAUAUAUGACUGUAGCCAGCUAGUUUUUCAUAUUUCUGGAGCUUUUUUAAAAACUUCUACAGUUGUUUUAGGAAUUUAAGUUUGGUUCUGUCCUGUCUUUCUUGGGAGACUGUGUAAGUAGAGAACUAAUUGGCUUCAGACCUACCAGUGCUCAGAAAUGAACUUGUUUAUUUUGGUAAAACUGUUUAAAACUUCAACACCUACUGCAUCCGAAGGCUUGAAAAAACAGUUGAGAAUAAAAGCUUCUUUUAAAAUAAUUAACAACAUACUCCUAUUUUAGAUAACCAUACCCCCAGCAAGACAGCUGUUAAAAUCAGAGAAGAAAAUCACCUAGGCAGUUUUGAAUUCAAAUGGAAAAUCCAUUUUUUAAAAUAACAUUCAGAUAUUUAAUACUAAUGGGAGGAAUGGGAAAUAAAGCUGCACAGGUAACUUUUUCAGAGGUUCAGACAGGGUUCUGAAUAUAUUCCUUUUAGGACUGACUCUUCAUGUUGCGUUACUAUCAUCCAUUGGCAAACUGUUGUUCGUAGCGUGUACUGUAUAUGUGGUGAAGAGCAUACUCAGUAGUUUUUCUAGUCUAGUUAAUGAGUUAUAUGUAAUAAUAUCAGUUGUGCAGCAGAAGUACAAUCUGCUUCUUGUACCCUCUCUCCCAUUUGCUCUCCAGGGUUUUGAUUACUCUUUAAAUACUAGAGCAUUUCUUAUUCUAAAACUGUUAAAGGUUGAAAUGCCUCAUUCUACAAUGUAAUGGGUUUCAAAACUGAACCCUAGUUAUAAUAUGUUGAAUGUUGGAACUAAAAUGCUAUACAUUGUAACUUGAAAUGUCUAUCUUCUAUUUUAAAAAAGUCUAAAACAUCACUGAAGGAAUAAUAGCUGGCUCAAAUACAGCUAAAAUCAGCUAUUUCAGAGGUGGUCUAAAAGUUAGCAUCCCUUUUAUAAAACAUGCAUAGUAUUUUUUUACUGGCUUGAUACGGUAUUUUGACAAAGGGCCAGAAUUUGAUCUGGUGCUCCACCUUCGUUGUUUGCCUCCGUAUUCCUAUCUGAGUAUUCUCACUCUGUAAGCUCUAGUGCUUGUUUUGACCACAUACUGUUUUGGUGUGGUUCACUCCAAAUGUGAUCUAACUGAAAAGUUUUAGAUUUUUUUUCUCUGCUCCUCUAUAAAGCUAGCUAUGAAAUAGUGUCCUUAAACAGAAAGAAAUUUCAAGGUAGCCUGAUACUAAAGGUGUAACUUCUUAAAAUAAAAUGACCAUGGUGUUUGGUUUUUAUUGCUGCAUAAAUUUUCUAAGGAAUUUAAUAGUUAUAUGAAACUUUUUUUUAAUUCAGUGAAAUAUUUAUCUGAUCUGGCAAAAAAUGCCUAUAGCCAAUACAGAUUCAGAACACCUCUUGGACACUGGAACUAGUUAUUUCUGUUACUUGAACAUACCUUGAGAAUUGCAAAUAAAUUUACAUCUACUUUAAAACUCUGGGAAAUAUGUUUUUCUAUAGCAAUAAUUAGUUGUCACUUGGUGCAUAGUUGCUGAAGUAGCAUUUUGGUCAUGUUUAAACGUUGAAAGACUCAAAUGCACAUUUUAAAGCAACAAAUGGCUAUAAAUGCAAUAUAAAAAAACCUUGCAAAAUGUUUAUCCUCUUUAUUUGCAUAUACUAAGGUCUGUAUUGGUAGGCGCUGCCUUGAUUAAUGUUUUAUACUUCUAAUAUGAAGAUACUGCAUCCAGUACAUUCACUAGGUAAGCAUUUAAUGAAAAUGAACGAUCUGAUUAAAUAUGCUGCUGCUGGUCAUGGUCUUUCUCACUGAAACUUAAAAACGUUCACAAAAAGCUGUAUAUUUGUAAUAGGUCAUGCUUAUACUCAGAACAUAAAACCUUUACUGGGACAUUGCUGUUGAAAAAUGUUUUCAUGUUCAUGUUGCAUUGUGUAUGGUUUCAAUAUGCUACAUUAUGUUUGAAUUUUACCUUCUGUUUUUUUUCGAUUAAAAUAUUUUAUUUUCUAUUUGUCUUUUUGUUGCAUAAUAAAGAUGAUCAAUUCCUUUGA